GAGGGCUGCUCCCCCCCACCUCAGUACACACUCCACCGCCAUGGCCAACUGUUGGUCUAUUGGCAUCUUCUUGGUUAUUUUCUUGGGCACAUUUUGCAUCUGGAACUGUAUGACACGUGAUGACCCGCCAGACACGUCCAACUGGUAUGGGUGCAGAGACCAGAAGGGCAACCCGAUUGACUCAUUUGUAAUAUACAAGUUACCUCAUGAUAAACAUGCAGAAUUUGAGCCUCUGCGGAAUGGAACGGCAUACAUGUAUCUCACGCCAGAAACUGCAGCGAGGCUGCAGAGUGGAGGGGUAUCCAGCGUUUUCAGUGAGUAUCGUGAUUCGGCCAGUGGUUGGGUGUUGAGUAAUGUGAACAUUGGUAGCGAGUUCUCCAUGCCAGCACGAACACUCAGUAGACUGUAUACAGAUCAAGAGAUAGUAAAGACUGCUGCAUUCAUAAUGUAUAAUGAUGAAUUUCCGAAUGGCACCAAAUCAUUCACAAAAGGCCACACAAAAGGCGUGGUAGUAAUGACAGCUCAGGGAGGAUUCUGGUUGGUCCAUUCUGUGCCAAAAUAUCCUCCACCCCCAGAGGAUGGAUACACUUAUCCUUCCUCUGCUGUUCGUUAUGGCCAGACCAUGUUGUGUAUUAGUCUUUCUUCUGAUCAAUCUCAUAGUUUGGGGUGGCAGUUGCUCCAGAACAAUCCAUUUAUAUACGCUUCCAACAUGCCGGAGACACUUUCGUCCCAAUUCUUUGUUUUACUGAAAGUGAUGCAGGGAGAACGACCUCAAGUUUCUCCAUGGUAUCGUGUCGCAGCGCUGACCUCUGUUGGUGGCAAAGCUUUCACCUCCUUUGCAAAAUACAAGAAAUAUGAUCAAGAUUUGUAUGCCAGCUUAGUGGCUCCAAUGCUGAAGACCAAUAUUGUUGUCGAGAGCUGGAGAAAUGGACCUCAACCCCUUCCAUCUUCCUGUAACACUACCUACACGGUGGAGAAUGUGGAAAAUGUGUCGGCUCGGGCAGCAUCUACCAGCUUUACUACACAUCACGACCAUAGCAAAUGGGUGGUGGCUUCAGAGCCCGACAAACCUUAUGUUUGCAUUGGUGAUAUUAAUAGAAUGGAAACGCAGUUUGAGCGUGCAGGAGGGACUGUGUGUAUGCAGAGCUUGAGCAUUUGGCACAGAUUCCAUAAUUUGGUUCAAGCUGUUGAAGCCUGUCCAAGGGCAGUGUAAGCAAAGAAGGUAUUGGUUCAGUAAUACAGUAUGCAGUAUUCAUGUUGUAUUUCUUGGGACUGAGGAUGGUUACUGCCAGAGUGUUACCCGAGACCCACCAUUAGAAAUGACCUGACUAUAUUAUACGCCUAAACGGAUACCAAUGGACCAGAAUUCUGUGUAUAAAAAUCCUUUUUAAAAAAUCAUGAAAGUUAUGUCCUGUGUGCCUUUUUAAUGAGUUUUGAGCAUAUCUGCACUUCAUCAUAUUUGCACUUGCUAAAAAAAUUUGCUUUCUACUUUAAUAAAAGAAAAUGUGUUUACGGUUUCCCACCAAAAUAUGAGAAUGUGUUUAUGGUUUCCAACCAACAACUUCCCAAUAUUUGCCAACAUCUCAAUAUUGUAACCAAUCUUGCUUAAUAAAAGUUUAAAAUUUGGGUCUUGGAUGAAGACGGUAUACAAGUGCACAUGGGGAAAACACUCAAGGCUCCUCUAGUUGCUAUAUAUUCUCUUCUGAUGUUAGGAGGUCCCCACAAACACACCCAGAUAUGGUGCCCUCUAAUGUGCAGCAUGUAAUAUAUGUCCUGCCUUAAAUGCAUUGACUAGUGACAUAACCAACUAACUCCAUAUUUUGGGUUUGAACGAAUAAACACUUUUUCCCUUCCAUUACCAUUACAGUUCAUCUUUGCAUUAUUCUCUCUUAUUGUUUAGCUCAAAAUACCCUUAGCUAAAUAUUGCAAAAAUAAGAUUAAUUAAUUAACAAUGAAUGCAGAUAUGUGAGAAUGCUAUUGUGUAUAAUUCUCAAAGCUGCCUGCUUACAACUGGCCGCAGAUUUUAAAACAACUUUUCAAUAAGUAAUUAUAUGAAAGGAAAGAUAAGUCAAUUACAUAUACCUGAUGAAUACUGUUGAAGUGAUGUGUUUACUGUGAAAACUAAAAAAAAAAAAAAGAUAUUGACCAAAACAAUAUUUUGCCUUAUCAGAAGUUUAAGAACCCGGGAAACUCUGCUAAUGUAUUGAUGCUUGUUAGUCCCAGGAAACAAAUUUUGUGAUUUUAUAAUUUCACUAAACAGCAAAUUUUCUAUUAAGUUAACUUUGUAAAAUAAAUUAGUGUAUUAGUGAGAGAACAGAUUGAUUACUGUAAAAAGAUGCACAAGAUCAACUCUUAAAGGCUUGAGAGUAUCUGAGCUUAAGCCAUUGUAUAAAGAUGUAACUAGAAGUCCGGGAAUGCAUAGGUUCAUUUACAAAUAAAAUAUAGUCAGGCAGUGACUAGAUCUGAUAGUUGUAAUCCAUUUUGGUAAAUGAUUCAGAUUUAGCUUGAAUGGUUAAACUGCUAUUCGUAAACAUAUCGACGCAACUUGCCCUCUAACCAUUGUGAUAAUUAUCACAAUAAUUGAUCUCACUUCCUUGAGUGUUAAUCACUGCACAGAAAUGGUUGGGUAUGUUUUUCCUAUCACCUUAUGCCUCUAUUCACCUAGCAGUAAAUAGGUACGUGGAAGUUAGGCAACUUGUGGGGUUAAAUGCUGGGAAGGGUUAGUAGUUCAACUUUGUGGGGAAACUUAGAUACAAGCCUAAUGUAUAUAUAUGUAUACACACUGCCUGUCCCCAACAAAAUGAAUUAUGACUUAUUAUGUUUUAAGGGUUCCUUAAUUAAAGUCUUCAAAUUUUGGAGGUUUGUGAAAUAUUCAGAAAUUAUUAUACAGCAAUUACUCCAGUAAUUGCUGUGUAAAUUGCUGUAUAAUUACUGUGUAAAUUGGAGGUCGUUUCCCGAGGAACAAGGCAUCAAUGAUAUACAUAGGUGUAGAAUAUAAAUAACAUGUCAAGACUACCACCAGACCACAAAGGUAGAAAAUAUUACUCAGGGAUAAUAAAAACAAUAGAUUAAAAGCUGGUCUAUUAAUUAGCAGAAAGCUAAUUUUAGAAUAGUCUUCAAGAAUUCUGUUUAUUCUGUACUAAAUUUAAUUGGUUAGCUGUUUUUUUUUUUUUUUGUUUUUUUUUACAUAGCCUAUUACUGUUGUUGAAAAUUAAUUAUAAAUAUUGUACCUAACUUUUGUGAUAAUCAUUUCAUGUGAUGACUAAACCUGAAGUUUGGAUUUAUAUAAUAUAAUUACCAUAUAUUUCAAAGUUGAUAUACUGCUUAAUUGUUUUUAAUGGUAAUAUGGUGGCAUUUUUUAAAUACUUUCAUACUCUUAAAUUUAUUUUUAUUAUUUUCUUUGUAGUGUAAGGGAAGACAUAAAUAAUAAGAGAAUUAUAUAUAAUGACUUUUUCUGUCAUUAUUUUGUUAAAUAUUUGAAGUUGAUUCAGUCUGGAUUAAAAAGUAGUGUAUAUUAAAAGGGUAAUGCAUAUUACUGAUGCUGAGGACCAACUAGCCAAAUCCAUAAUAUAUGUGUAUAUACUGUACUUGCUUAAGUUAACUAUGGCACUUAACAAGCAUUUGUAUAAAGUUUGUAUAUUGUUGAUUUUAUGGAAAGUAUUAAAAUUACUGCAUUAAAUUUCUUUUGGUUAAGAAUUGUGCCAAGGUUGUAAUAUAGUGAUAGUCAAUGGUGACCCUGCAUUUUGUUACUUACAGUAUAUUGGUUAGUUUCUAAACUAAUUCAAUUUGACUUAAAAUAGUUAUUUAGCACAAUUCAUUGUUAUGGUCACAUCUGCUAACCUGAAGUUAACUAAUAUUUUAACCAAGUUAAAGAUCUGAAACAUUUUAACAGAAUAAUACUAAAUACAGAAUACUAAAAAGAGUGGUAUUAGAGGGCAAUAUAUGGAUCUCGAGCGAUAUUCGAAGAUAUUAUUGUUAACUUCAUUGUAAGCCUUUGUUAGUUUUCCUUGCUCAAAUAAUAUUGUAUAAUGCAGUGGAAACGCCAUUAUCCAGAUCCUCCUUGUUCCGUAUUCUCAGAUUAUCUGGACAUCAAGAGGUAUUGUACCAUUUGGUCCUGAUAAUCAAGGGUUGCCCUGUAGUUCAGGUUCUUAUUGAACAUCAAUUCUGGUAAAAUUUUUACUAUACUCCUUGGUAAAUGAAUUUAAAUGUCUGUGAGUUCAUUUAAUAUUUUUGUUCAGUUCCUUUGUUUGAACUUUAUAGGCCACUGGGUGUAAGUGCCUUAGUGCACACCUAAUGGCUCAGCAUGUGGACUGGCUGCUCAGAGGUUGUGUCAAGAUGUAUCAACAUUUGACAUACUAAAGACAUUUGGUCAAGAUACAGUUAGUAUAUUUUGAUUGCUAACACUUGGCAUUCCAAAAGCCAUUGGAUAACAUGCUGUGUGAUUAGAUCUUUAUUGCUUGGAUUAUCCAUGUAUGAAAAUAUUUUAAAUUACCUGUACUGCACUUUUUUGUCGUGUAAUAUUUGAAGCUACAGUUAUUAAUCCACUUUGGACAGUAACAUAAACUGCCAAUUUUUCCUAAAGGCAAGGCAUAGUGGAGGAGCUUACUGACAGUGAAAUUCAGUAAGUUAAAUGAUAAAAGAUGGCAAGCUGUUUUACAUUACUGGAGAAUACUGCUUUUAUUUCAUAGCUGCUCAAUCAUAUCAUUCAUUUGUAAAUAUAAAAAUCCUAUAAAUAUAGGAUAUAACACUAACAUUUUUAAUACUGAAGAAUUUGUAAUUGGGUGUUUGCAAAGAUACUAGAUAUUUAUUUUAUCAUUUUAGUGAGUAAAUACAGUUACAGAAUCUGAGGUCAACUGCUGUGAAGCUACAUGGUUAAGAGUCACUAAAGUCUUCAUGAAAGUAAUAUGAUCCAGAAUGUAUGAAGUAGUCAAUGUUCAUGAAGUCGGGAGGUAAUUUGAAAAAUCCUGUAGUGUGCAACUGGAUUGCAAAUCUUUUGAAAAUAUGUUUGAAUUGUAUCUGGUUUUUGUAUUUUUUCAGAGCUCUUGCACUGAGCUGCUCUUUUAAAGUAAAAUCCCACUUUAUCCUUGAUCUGUUGAUAUGUCUAGUCAUUCUCCUAUUGUGUGUGUUUCCUAAUGUGUGCUUUUUACGAGCUUGUUGGCUUAUGACCUCAAGUGUCUUUUGCUUGAAGGCAGUGCUGGUGGCUCGUGUACGUGCCUGUGCCUUGUGUUAUAGAUUUUGAAGUCCCUGACUCAUGCUCUUGAGGAAGUAGGCGUUUUUCCUUCUUUUCCAGUCUUGAUAGUAUGAUAAGAUCACUUCUUGUCAACACAUAAUUAACUUGUGGGCACUUAUUGGAACAGAGACCUGUAUUAUACUCUCAGAACUGUAUUGUCCUGCUAGCAAAGUCAUGUCCCACUCAUAGAAUGUCUUAAUUUUCAGAAUGAUUGGAAAUUUUUGUUUUCCCAUUUUCCUACGAGUAAUUGAAUCUUCUAUGACUCGAGAAUUUCUUUAUCAUCAUCUUGUCUGUUUUUCUGCUCUUGUAUUGGCAUCCUGAAUGGUAUCUAAUAACCUUUUAGGAUUCUGACUGAUGGUACUAUGUAGCCUUUCAAGCUUGGUGCUUUUUGAUAAUUAUUUACCUCUAUUUUUCAGUUUCUAAAUUAGCCUUUUGUGAGGAACUCGAGAUCCUCUUCAUAUAUUACUAUAUUACUGUUUUUUUUUCUGCAAUGUACAGUAAAUACACUACCCCCCCUUCAUUUAUUUCUUAAAUAAUUUCAGUAUUUUUUUUAUAUGCAAUGUAUUGAUCUAAAUUUAAAUUUGCAAGCAAGUUGUCUUCUAUGUGUAGAUCUCGGUUUCCUCCAAUUGACUCCUAUGAGCAUCUUGACAACUAGAUGGCCAUACAGUAAAUUAAAAUUAAGACACCAAAUGUGCUAAAAAAAGUGUAAAUUAUCAGUUGCAAACUGGUAUUUGGAUGGCAUAAAAUAGAGAGGGUAUUAUAUGUUAAAAUCAUCGGAGCUUCAAGACUUUAUAUGAUAAAGAUUAUAAGAAAUACAGGACAUUAUGAGCAUAGAUUUUGUCCCAUUACAAUACUGAAGUAUUUGUUAGCGAAUCUGGCCUAUAGCUUGUAGAGUCCUCCUUAUUCUUUUUAUGUACAGUAUUAUAACAAUGUUCUGAUUACCUCUUUAAGAGUAUAAAGCUCAAAUUUGUGUGUGUGUGUAUGUUAUCGGGCACGUGAAUGCUAGGGUUUUCUUUGUUUUGUUGACAUUAACAUACAUAUGCAUACUGUUUUUGAAUUUUGAUGAUGCAACCACAAUCUACAGACUUGUCCUCCAGUCAUACUUGGAGAUUUCCCAAAAAUAGAUUACCAGUUAAUCACCCCCUUUAUCCUGUGAUAUAUUAGUAUUAAUUCCCACCGAGUAUACUUUUUCCAAUUAUACCAUUCCUUUUCUCAAUCUUCUGUGAAUCUGACAUUGCUCGACUUAUGUUUUUCCACUCGUAUUGGCAUCAUGAAUGAUCUCUCAGACCUCUUGGAUAUUCUGUGCCACAUACAGUGGUAUAUUAUCAUCCUGGUUGUGUUCUUUUUAUAAUAUUUUCUACCAUUUAAUGCACACAUGUAAUAUACAGUAUUAAUGUACAAGUUUUUAAUAUUCUUUUAGGGUUUGUGUACAAUAAUAUAAUUAAACAUUUCUUGAAAAUUAAGUUGAUUCAAGUUAUAAUAACUUGGGUAGAUUUUGUGAUCAGUGUACCAUAUUAGAAAUAAUAGUAAGAAUAGGUCCAAUUUAUCGAACAAUUUCUGUUCAAGGUAUGCCGUGUGUGUGUAUAUGAACAUGAUCACUGUAAAUACAUUUUUUAUGUAUCAUGAAUUCUUCUCAAUGACCAAUAUGAAUUUUUUGUGCCAAAGAGUAGUUUGUAAAAAUUGUGAAUACAGCAUUUCAUAGAUUAAAUUAUAGUCCUAGUUACAAGUAAAAUGUAUAAAAUUGCCGCAUUUAUUGUUUGUUUCUUAUACAUUUUGCUGAUAAAAUUAUUUAUUUUCUAAAUAUGUAAACUCUAAAUACUGUGUAAAAUUGGUUAUAAUUAUGGGCUUUUUGCCAUGCAUGUAUCCAGCUGAUAUUUUAUUUACCAUAUACUGUACUCAUUUGAUAUUUCCAAGUAUAAAGUUGAUACAUGUGGGGGAAGAGUUAUAUGUUGGCGAGUUGAAGCAUAAUUGAGGUGUGGUUCACUGGACUUGUUCUUAAUCCGUAUUUUUAUUCAAAAUUACAACAUGGAGUACAUACCUGGAAUGCUUUUAAAAGUAUUGGUAUUUUAUAUUGUACAGUACUGUAUAAGGAAUUUUGUAUUAAAAUUGAGUUACAUUAGAGAAUAAGUCCUUGUUACCAAUCCAUAAAUAAAGGAAUCAACACAGUUACAAGUAUUAGCUUUAUAUGGGAUGACAGCAUCUAGUAUUAUAUAGUGUAGGUGCAGUAUUUGUUAAUGAUGUAACUUAUGAAUGUGUAUUUAUUGUGUUGUGUUCUUGGGGAUUUAUUAUGUAAUGUGAUUGAGUACUGUGUAUUUCUAAACCAGGUACUGUGCCAGUUACAGCAGGCACAUGCAUUUAUUACUUCUCUACUGUCUUCAUAGCUGUAUUCUUAUAAUGUGAACAAUAAACUUGUUAAAAAUA